CAUGCUGGUACCGCAAGAGCUCCUCCAGCAGAACCAUCUGGGCAGUCGCAUCCUGCAACAUGCUUUACCAUCACCGCAAUCCGAUUUUAUCAGUGCUGGAAGCGGCUACCCACCACAGUCGACACCGUCCGCGUUACCACAGGUUUCGCCACCAACCGUUAAUAUGCGACAGGUGAAUAGCGGUGGUUAUCUGAUCCAGAGCAACGGCUAUCAGAUCGAUCCGUACAGCAAUGUGAUCAGUUCAGCAGCUAGUGAUGGUGGUUCAAGUACCCAGAAUGAAGGUCCAGGAAGUCGAAAACGUCAUAAUUCGGGGACAACAAAUGUGAAAAGUGAACCACAAAAGGUCUUUACACUUCCCAGCCAGUUGACUGUAAUUCCAUCGCCAGUCACUGCGCUGGAGGAUUUCGAUGAUAAUUUCCAUCAGCAAGCAAUCAAAUUUGCUCGUUUCAAUGAAGAACACUGGGCCACACUCUACGACAUCAAUCAGAGACCGUUGCAUCAACUGGAAAUGCAUGUUGUUGCUGAUAAAGGAUUCAACUACAGCAUGAUGGACAAUUGCUUUGUGAAUCAGAAGAAAAAUCAUUUCCAGAUAUCAGUACAUAUUGAGGCUAUUGAUAAUCACCCACCAAAUUUCGUCAAAAUAGGCAAUGAGCUGAAAAUGGUCAAGGAAUUCAAGUUGGCAUUUUGUGGUGUCAAGAGUGAAAUGCCAACAUCCGAAAUACAGAUCAAGCAGUCGACAACUGACCGACGUCCUGUGCCGCAUGAUCCUGUUUCGCUUGAAAUCCAUGAACGGCGUAUGACAAAAGUGACAGUGCCAAGGUUACAUUUCUCGGAGACAACCAUGAACAAUCAGCGGAAGAAUGGUCGCCCAAAUCCUGACCAAAAAUACUUCUUGCUGGUUGUGCGACUGAUUGCAUGUACAGCUGAUGGCCAUGAUGCAAUCGUGCAAGCCUAUCAAUCCGAAAAAGCUUCAAAUCCGGGUCAAUUCGAACCGCCAGAUUCGGAUGCCACAUGGCAAAAGAGUGGUUCCACUCUGUACUAUAACAGUGGUUCGGUGGCGAUUGGUACCGAUCGGGCAGUUGCGCCGCUGACCGUCGGUGGUGAUAUCUAUUGCUCCGGCGUUGUUCAUCGUCCAUCGGAUCGUCGGAUGAAAGAAGAAAUUCGUGAGGUGGACACCAAAAGUGCACUCUCACAUCUCUCUCAAAUCCGUGUUGUUGGCUAUUCCUACAAACCCGAAAUUGCCUUACAGUGGGGAUUGUCCGAAGAAAAUCGACAUCGAGUUGGUGUCAUUGCGCAGGAGUUAGCGGAAAUUUUGCCCGAUGCGGUGACCGACAAUGGGGAUUUCUUACAGGUUGAUGAUUCUCGUAUUUUUUACGAAACAGUUGCGGCAGCAACAGAGCUCUGUCGUCUCACGGGCAAUUUGGAGCACAAGAUUGAGGCAGUUGAGAAGUUGUCUCACAAACUUGCCAGGUUGCAUCGACGUAAAAAUAAAGGUGACAUUGGCAGUUUGGCUAGUGGCCUCAGUGAUCUCGGUUUCUCGGAUAAGGCCAGUUUCAUGUCAUCACGCACAUCGCUAGCUUCCAGUGCUCCAUCAUGCAUUUCGCGUGAUAAGUGCCAUCACAGGGAUGGAAAGGAACGAAGUAGGAGUCGUGAGAAACAUUGGCACUGUCGAAAUCCAUCAUGUCAUCGAGUGGAACCACCACUUUGCAGCUCAAAAUUAACGCAAGGCACGAUUGUCGCCCUUGUCGCAGUUAUGGCUGUAUGUUUAAUAGCAAUGUCAACGCUCUAUGUGCUCGAUUGGCAUAAUCGGACAUUUGGCUACCAAAAGCGACCGUACGCACUGGAAAGUAGCACCACAGUUGGGCCAACAACGGAGCAAGCCAGUAAAAUAGGCCACAUUGUACAGGUGAAAACCAGUGCCUGGGUACCGCCAAUACAACCAAAUGCGCCACCGCUGAGCGCUUCAUGUGAUCAUAUGCAUUGUCAUAUGUACUGCUGCGAGGGACGUGAUCAGUACAGCCUUUCGAGCGAUCCGAUAAAUUCUGAAAAGCAAAAUUCCAAAAAUCGAGCGAGAUCGCCUGGAAAACGAGCAAUUUUCUCACCGUUAGCAUCGGGUGUAACCAUCGAAAUACUGGAUUUCAAUGUUACAAUAGAUGGUCGCUACUGUACAGGUGAUAGCUGUAAGCCACCACGUGGUCUCUACACACUCUAUGUACCAAUUUCACCGUUCAUGCCAACUGUGCCGUUGGAAAUCAGAAUUGAGUAAGU